AUGCGGCUCACCCGCCUGGCUGGGACGCUGCUCCCAGCCAUGGCCUUCCUCUCCUGCCUGAGACCCGAGAGCUGGGACCCUUGCGUGCAGGUGGUUCCUAACAUUACUUACCAGUGCAUGGAGCUGAAUCUCUCCAAAAUCCCUGAUAACAUCCCUACAACAACCAAGAACCUGGAUCUGAGCUUUAACCCUCUGAGUCAUUUAGGCAGCCACAGCUUCUCCAACUUCUCAGAACUGCAGAUGCUGGAUUUAUCCAGAUGUGAAAUUCAGAAGAUUGAAGAUGAUGCAUAUCAAGGCCUAAAACAUCUCUCCAUCUUGAUAUUGACAGGAAACCCUAUCCAGAGUUUAGCCCUAGGAGCCUUUUCUGGACUAUCAAGUUUACAGACACUGGUGGCUGUGGAGACAAACCUAGCAUCUCUAGAGGACUUCCCCAUCAGACAUCUGAAAUCCUUGAAGGAGCUUAAUUUGGCGCACAAUCUAAUCGAUUCCUUCAAGUUACCAGACUAUUUUUCUAACCUGCCUAACCUGGAGCACUUGGAUCUUUCUAAUAAUAAGAUUCGAAAAAUUUACCACGAAGACUUGCAGGUUUUACAUCAAAUGCCUUCAUUCAGACUCUCUUUAGACCUGUCCCUCAAUCCUUUAGACUUUAUCCAACCAGGUGCCUUUGAAAAAAUUAAGCUCCAUGAACUGACUUUGAGAAGUAAUUUUGAUAGUACGGAGGUCAUGAAAACGUGUAUUCAAGGUCUGGCAGGUUUAAAGAUCAAUCGGCUGAUUCUAGGAGAAUUUAAAAAUGAAAGGAACUUAGUAGACUUGGACAAAUCUGCCUUGGAGGAACUGUGCAACUUGACCAUUGAUGAAUUCCGGAUAGCACACUUCCAAGACUUUCCAGAGGAUUACCAUGGUUUUUUAAAUUGUCUGGCAGAUGCUUCUGCAGUAUCUCUGAUGAGUCUGAAUAUAGACAGGCUAGAAAGCCUUCCAACAGGUUUCAAAUGGCAAUACUUAAAAUUGUCUAAUUGUAAAUUUGAAGAUUUCCCUACAUUGGAGCUUACCUUUCUCAAGCAGUUUGUUUUCACUGCCAACAAAGUUAUUGCCACUUUUAAUGAAGUUAAUCUAAGAAACCUUGAGUUUCUAGAUCUCAGUAGAAAUGGCUUGAGUUUCAAGUCUUGCUGCUCUCACCGUGAUUUUGGGACAACCCGACUGAAACACUUAGAUCUGAGCUUCAAUAGUAUUAUUACCAUGACUUCAAACUUCGUGGGCUUAGAGCAAAUAGAACAUCUGGAUUUCCAGCAUUCCACUUUGAGACAGGCCAGUACAUUUUCAGUAUUCCUCUCACUCAAAAACCUCCUUUACCUUGAUAUCUCUUACACUGACAUCAAGAUUGUCUUCCAGGGCAUCUUUGAUGGCUUGUUCAGCCUCCAAGUCUUGAAAAUGGCUGGCAAUUCCUUCCAGGAUGCAUUCCUUCCAAAUAUUUUCAGAGAUCUGACUCAGUUGACUGUCCUGGACCUCUCUCAGUGUCAACUGGAACAGGUGUCCCCAGAGGCAUUCAGCUCACUCCUUCGACUCCAGGUGCUAAAUAUGAGUCACAACCACCUCUUGUCCUUGGAUAUGCUUCCUUAUAAAAAUCUCUCUCUCUGGCUUCUAGACUAUAGUUUUAACCGUAUAGUGGCCGCCAAUGGGCAGGAACUACAGCAUAUUCCAAGCAAUGUAACUUCGUUAAAUCUGACCCAGAAUGACUUUGCUUGUGUUUGUGAACACAUGCGUUUCCUGCAGUGGGUCCAGGACCACAGGCGCAUCUUGGUGGGAGCUGAAUACAUGAUGUGUAAGACACCGUUAGCUAUGCAGGGUGUGCCUGUGCUCAGUUUUAGAAACACCACCUGCCAGAUGAACAAAACUGUCAUCAGUGUGUCAGUUCUCUCAGUACUCAUAGUAUCUGUGGCUGCAAUUCUGGUCUACAAGUUCUAUUUCCACCUGAUGCUUCUGGCUGGCUGCAGAAGGUAUGGCAAAGGGGACAGCAUGUACGAUGCCUUUGUCAUCUAUUCCAGCCAUGAUGAGGACUGGGUGAGGAAUGAGUUGGUGAAGAACUUGGAGGAGGGGGUACCCCCCUUUCAGCUCUGCCUUCACUACAGAGACUUUAUCCCUGGCGUGGCCAUUGCUGCCAACAUCAUCCAAGAAGGUUUCCACAAGAGCAGGAAGGUCAUUGUGGUGGUGUCCCAGCACUUCAUCCAGAGCCGAUGGUGCAUCUUUGAGUACGAAAUUGCCCAAACUUGGCAGUUCCUGAGCAGUCACGCGGGUAUCAUCUUCAUCGUCCUGCAGAAGGUGGAGAAAUCCCUGCUCAGGCAGCAGGUGGAGCUGUAUCGCCUUCUCCGCAGGAACACUUACCUAGAGUGGGAGGACAAUGCCCUGGGCCGGCACAUCUUCUGGAGACGACUGAGAAAAGCCUUGCUGGAUGGUAAGCCAUGGAGUCCAGAAGGAACAGUGGAUGCAGAAGGAAGUCAGGAUGAAGCAAUGCCCUCCAUCUGA